UGACAUCACAGCCGGAAGUCGUUGACAUCAUGAGGGCUAGUUUUACAUUUCUCUUCACUUCAGCCUGCGAUUGUCCUGUUGUUGAAAAAAGCAGCUCGGCUUCUUAGCUUCUUUAUUUACACCAAAGUCUCUGGACUCGGAGCUUACAGGGCAACGAUACGGACCGGAGGACAUUAAGAUCGUGUCUCAAACACUGGAUAGACUUCUCAAGUCGGAUAUUUCCACCAACAGCCAGCGAUCGUGUGACGAGGAGGAGGCUGCGAUACGAACGUGGACACGUUCAGAACGAAGAAGCUUUAGAAAUAGCGUUUUGUAAUUUUGUUAUACGUCGGUGUACGAGGGGGAGAGCGGUUAGGCCCAGGUUGCCAUGACAACCCUGCUGUAAAAUGUCUUGCACAUGGUGCUGUGGAGGGAACAAGAAUCUUGUCGACUUGAAUGGACAAAGUGACUGUAUCUACACAGAUUCUGCGAGGCUAAAUCGACCUUUUGGAAACCCCGUUAUGCCUGUAAAAAAGAAAAGAAAGUCCUCUGAGACUGAAGACCCUAGCAUCCGGAGGUGCAAAAUUACCAGUUACUGUAGGACACAGACUCCUGGCAGACUGAUAAACCCUGAUGAUCAGUUCUCCAGCAAGAAUUGCCUUGCGUGGUUUUACGAGUAUGCAGGGCCAGACGACGUGGUGGGACCCGAGGGCAUGGAGAAGUUCUGUGAGGAUAUAGGCGUUGAACCAGAGAAUAUUAUCAUGUUAGUCUUAGCCUGGAAACUAGAAGCACCAAAUAUGGGAUUUUUCACAAAAGAAGAAUGGCUGAAGGGAAUGACAUCACUGCAGUGUGAUUGCACAGAACGGCUACAAGGCAAACUCGACUACCUACGCUCUCAGCUGAACGACGCUGCCGUGUUCAGGAACAUUUACAGAUACGCCUUUGACUUUGCCAGGGAUAAAGACCAGCGUAGCUUAGACAUGGACACCGCAAAGUCAAUGUUGGCUCUGAUUCUUGGAAGGACGUGGCCCCUGUUUCCUGUGUUUCAUCAGUUUUUGGAGCAAUCUAAGUAUAAGGUCAUGAACAAGGACCAGUGGUACAACGUCUUAGAGUUCAGCCGCACCGUUAACUCGGACCUCAGUAACUACGAUGAGGAUGGAGCCUGGCCGGUGAUGCUGGACGAGUUUGUGGAAUGGUAUAAAGCCAGACUGACUUUAUAGCACAACACGAUCACGUGUGUACAAUGUAAGGGCAAAAGAUUUAAGGGCAAAAGCACAUCAAUGGACGCCAUCCCUCCACCUUAAACAGUCCAGAGAAUCAAUCGCACACCUUCCCAGGAGUGUCGUUACGCUGCUUGCGGAAGCAUCACAACCCAGAGACUUACAGUGUUAAUUUAAACUCGAAAACGGAAAUGGAGGGAACUGCUUGUAUGUGUGUUGCAUUUUUUUCACAGCAGUUUCAUUCUCAGUGUCGUUCGGUCUGGUGGAGGGAAGUCAUCUGUUCAUGUAAUAUUUUUGUUUAUAGUGUUUUCAAAGGAAAAUAAAGAAACUGUAUGGAA